AUGCCUCAAAGCGAAUCUAGCCAAAUUCCAGCGGAGUCAGCGGGCGAAGAAACGGCCUCUGUGGCCUCAUUAUCUUUCCAGCAGACCACAUCGGCCACGCCAGAAAGUCCAACCAGAAACAACGGUGGUGCAAAUGGAACACAUGCCAGAAAACUGUCAACAACAUCGUCGGUGGGCCAGAACAAUCUGCGGUCCACUGUCGGGCUCGUAAAGUCCACUUUCGAGACUAUAUUGCAACAGAAAGACAUGAAAAAACGCGGGGAUGUGCAAAAGUCGAUUGAACGAAGCCUCAAAGCGCUUGACGAAAGCAUGGCAAGCACCAACAACGACCCAAAGUUUCUCAACUCAAUCGUGAUUUUCGAGCCACUCAGGCUGUGCUGCAGGACCAAAUCGACACACAUCAUGCUCAGCGCACUCGACUGUCUCUCCAAGCUUUUCUCAUUCCAGGCACUGGAUGGCAACACUAUGGUGAAUCCACCAAACUCAAUGGCUGCUAACGAUCAAAGUGACGCUGUGAACUCCGGUAUUACUCCACCUCCCAAACAGCGCCUCAUAGACGCAGCCAUCGACACUGUUACGGACUGCUUUGAAGGUGAAGGCACAGACCCUAGAGUAGAGCUCCAAGUUUUGCGAGCACUUGCUAGCUGCAUUUUGACAGACGCGUCUGUCACGAUAUGCCAUGGUCAGCCUCUGCUCAAAGCUAUUCGCCAGAUAUACAACAUUUUCAUCUACUCGCUAAACUCUUCGAAUCAAGGCAUUGCACAGGCCACUCUGACUCAAAUAGUCAACUUAGUUUUCGACAAAGUAGGCCGUGGUUUGACCUCUAGGCCUUCUCUCGACAAUUCAGCUUCUCGAGCCACUCUACCUGCUGUCGCUUCCGAAACGUCCAUCCGGCCUUUGACGUUGCAAAACCUUGAAAAUUUGAAUGCGGAGCAAGAGAGAAUUGUCGACGAAGAAUCAGAUGAGCUUGAGGACGAGAGGGCAUUGCUCAUCAAAGAUGCUUUCUUGGUGUUCAGGGCAAUGACCAAAAUAUCUGCAAAACCACUAGAGGAUAAUACUGACAUGAGGUCCCACGCCGUGAGGUCCAAAUUACUAUCGUUGCAUAUUAUUCACUCGAUUAUACGAGACCACAUUGAUGUUUUUCUAUCCCAAGAUAUCAUUUUACCAGGCAAAGACCAAACAUCCUUGGUUAAUUCCAUCAAGCAAUAUUUAUGCCUUUUGCUUUCACGUAACGCCGCAUCGCCCGUUGCCCCAGUCUUUGAAGUGACAUUGGAAAUUAUGUGGUUAAUGAUUUCAAACUUGAGGUCAGAGUUCAAAAGGGAAAUACCUGUAUUUUUAACUGAGAUCUAUUUUCCCAUUUCAGACCUCAAGUCUUCUACUCCCCAUCAGAAAAGGUAUUUUCUAAGUGUUAUCCAGCGCAUUUGUAAUGACCCGAGAACACUGAUUGAAUUCUACCUCAAUUACGACUGCGAUACCCAUCUACCCAACGUUGUUGAGAUAAUAGUUGACUAUCUUACGAGAAUGGCUUUAACGAGAAUAGAGAUUACUCCUUCGCAAAGAGCGUAUUACGACGAACAGCGUUCGAAGCCUUUAGCUACUUACAACCUGGCUCAACUGCCGCUACUAUCAACUUCGAAUUUAUCUUCCUCGAAUGCUUCAGACAACCUGAACUUUCCCGUUGAGUUUGCGCUUAAAAUGAAAUCGCUGAGUUGCAUGGUUGCUGUGCUGAGAUCUUUGAGCUCUUGGGCCCACAAGGCUUUGAAACCAAGCGGCUCAGGCGCGAACUUCGCACAUGCGAGGACUAGGUCCACGUCUACUUUCGCAGCAGCAAACGGAAAGAAAACUUUAUCUGCUGAUAGUUCGUCUACCGACGUUAACGGCGAGGCAAACGGGAACUCAAGAUCUGAUUCGAUUGAUCAGUAUAAAACGGACGCUGCUCAAGAUGGUGAUGAUCCCGCGCAAUUUGAAAACUUGAAACUUCGCAAAACAGAACUACAAGAUUGCAUCAACGUUUUCAACUAUAAACCGAAAAGGGGCCUCAAAGAACUAAUAGAGCGGGGUUUCAUUUCCGAUGACAGUCCUUCAUCCAUUGCCGAGUGGCUGCUAGACACUGAAGGGCUCGACUUGGCUGCUGUUGGGGAUUACCUUGGCGAGGGUGACGAUAAAAAUAUUGCUGUCAUGCACUCCUUCGUUGACAAAUUUGACUUUAAGUCUUUAUCGCUUGUGGAUGCCUUACGAAUUUUCCUCCAGAAGUUUAGGCUUCCUGGAGAAGGUCAGAAAAUUGAUCGUUUCAUGCUAAAAUUUGCCGAGAGGUUCGUGGAACAGAAUCCGGGACAGUUUGCAAAAGCAGACACCGCAUACGUCUUAUCAUAUUCUAUCAUAAUGUUGAACACGGAUUUGCAUUCCUCUCAAAUCAAAAACAAAAUGACUCUACAGGAGUUUAUAGAGAAUAACGCCGGGAUUGAUAAUGGAAACGAUAUUGCAGAAGAUUACAUGGUCAAGCUUUUCCAUGAAAUUGCAGAGAACGAAAUCAAAUUGCAAUCAGAGCAGCACCAGGCCAUGCUCUCGAGUGAUGUGAGCACGACUCAGCAGCAACCAUCCGCAUUUAGCUUUUUCAGUAGUCGCGACCUGAACCGAGAAACAUACAUGCAAGUUUCCAAGGAGAUCUCGUCGAAGACAGAGUUGGUCUUCCGGAACUUACCCAAAACCAAAGGUAACGAAAGCGUUGUUUAUCACGCCGCCUCUCACAUAGAACAUGUGAAAUCAGUUUUUGACACUUUAUGGAUGUCUUUCUUAGCUGCAUUAACACCUCCUUUCAAGGAAUAUGAUGAUCAAGCAUCAACAGAUAUGUGUCUGGACGGCAUCAAGCUAUCAAUCAAGAUAUCCGCGACAUUCGGAAACGACUAUGCCAGAGCUUCGUUUGUGGGAGCGCUUGUUCAAUUUGCCAAUCUUCAAAAUUUGCAGGAACUCAAGAUCAAAAAUAUUAACGCCAUCAUCGUUCUUCUUGAGCUUUCGUUGACAGAGGGAAAUUUCCUCAAGGAUUCUUGGAAAGACGUUUUAUUUCUUGUUUCGCAGGUGGAGAGGUUACAGCUUAUUUCAAAGGGUAUCGAUGGCCAAUUCCUUCCCGACGUGAAACAAGCGAGGUUGGCAAAUAACCGGAGUUCAUUCGACUCCAAUAGAUCAGCAUCGAUGGGGUUCUUCGAGCGAUGGACUAAGAAAUAUACGCCCAUUGAACUUGCGCAAGAAAAACAUCAUAAUCAGAUUUUGUCUCCCGAAAUCUCGAAGCAUAUAUCCUCAAGUCAGCUUGUUCUUCUAAUUGACCGAAUCUUUACCAAUAGCUCGAGCUUAACGGGCAGUGCUAUUGUCGAUUUCAUCAAGGCCCUUACGCAGGUUUCAUUUGAGGAAAUAGACUCCUCUCACAACGCAGCUAGCCCUAGAAUGUUUUCUCUACAAAAAAUGGUGGACGUUUCAUACUACAAUAUGGGCCGUAUUAGAGUAGAGUGGACACCAAUUUGGGCUGUAAUGGGAGAUGCUUUCAACAAGAUCGUGACGAAUUCUAAUCUGGCCGUAGUAUUUUUUGCGAUAGAUUCUCUGCGCCAGUUGUCAAUGAGGUUUCUGGAUAUCGAAGAAUUGUCGGGCUUUGAAUUUCAAUUGGAUUUUCUAAAGCCUUUCAAAUACGCGACUUACAAUACUUUGAACCCGGAGGUUCAAGAAAUGUGCAUCGAGUGCUUCAAAAACUUCAUUCUCACGAAGUCAUCCAAAAUUAAGUCUGGAUGGAAGCCUAUUCUCGAGUCUCUACAAUUUACCGCCAAAUCAUCUCACGAAACGAUCGUUGUUAAAACGUAUCAAUUGGUGUCGAAUGAUAUUGUCAAAUACCAUUUCGAAAGUGUUUUUGCACAAGAUAACGCUUUUACCGACUUGGUCGAUGUACUCAGAGAGAUCACUAAAAGUCAAAAAUUCCAGAAGUUGUCCUUACAUUCUUUGGAAGUUUUGAAGGGUAUUAAUGAAAAGGUCGCUGAUCUUUGUUUCACGGAAGAGGCGUCAAAAAAUUUACUGCACGGGAAGGACCUUUUCCACGACGUUUGGUUUCCUGUCUUGUUUUGUUUCAACGACACCAUAAUGACUGCAGAAGAUUUGGAAGUACGGUCGAGAGCGUUGAACUAUAUGUUUGAUGCUUUAGUGGCCUAUGGUGGUAAAUUUAGCGACGAGUUCUGGACAAGCAUUUGUACUAAGCUUCUGUUUCCCAUAUUCGGCGCAUUGUCCAAACAUUGGGAGAUCAAUCAGUUCAAUAGCCAUGAUGACUUAUCGGUCUGGUUUUCAACGACUCUGAUUCAGGCAUUGAGAAAUAUGGUAGCUCUAUUCACGCACUACUUUGACAGUUUGAAUGAUAUGCUGGAUGGCUUUUUGGGGCUUCUAGUUUCCUGUAUCUGUCAAGAAAACGAUACAAUUGCGAGAAUAGGAAGGUCAUGUCUACAACACCUCAUCAUCCAGAAUUCGAGCAAAUUUAGCGACGUGCACUGGGACCAAAUAACUGCUGCUUUUGGAAGCCUUUUUGAGUUGACUACAGCUAAUGAAUUGUUUGACCUAGAUCCUUUGCAUCAAGGUAGAAGACCCUCGCAUAGCAACACACAAGCAGAUGGCGAGAUAUCUGUUGAGGAAGAAAUUGCAAGAGCGCACCAAGAAGAGCAUGGGGAAGAUGUGGGUAAUGCAGACACAGAGGUUGAAAAGCCCACAAAGCGUUUGGUUCAGACCAAAAGCAGCGAGAAUUUGAAACGAACCAUUUCCACAAAAAAUGCUAUCGUUGUUAAGUGUGUUCUACAGCUUCUGAUGAUCGAAUCUCUAAGCGAACUAUUCGAGGACGAGGGUUUUUCCAGUAACAUUCCUUAUAAAGAGGCCAUCAAAAUGACAACAAUGCUUGAAAAGACUUAUGCCUUUGCGCGCGAUUUUAACGAUGACUUUGGCUUGAGAUCGCGUAUUUUAAGUGCUCGUCUUGUUGACAGAAUUCCUAACCUUGUGAGGCAAGAAACCAGUGCGUCUGCAGUGCUGAUAAACAUCAUGUUCAAGCUUCUCUUGAACAGCGAUAGACAGUCAGAGAGCGAGAGAAAGCAACUGUCCGAAAGGCUGGUCUCCAUCUCGGUGGGCAUUAUCCAAAAGUACGUGAAGCUUGAUGACAGGACUAUGGAACAUAUAAUAGUGUCGUGGCGUCCUGUCGUGGUCGAGAUUCUUCAGGGAUAUGUGGAGUUUGAUGAUAAAGACUUUAAGGAAAACUCUGCCGUUAUGUUCGACCUUGCACUUCAAAUCCUCGACAAGAGUUUAUCGGCCGAUCUAAGACUUGCUCUCAAGGAUUUUUUGACCAGGUUCGGUCAAACAUACCUCUAG